GGGGCGGGGAGGCGCCGAGCGGGGCGAGAGAAGGCCCGCUCCUCCGAUUCGUCGCUGCCUUAACUCUUUGUUAUCCUUCCGCUGAGCCUCCUCUUCUUUCCCUCUGACCUCGGAAAGGGGGCGGGGCCUUCGGGGGCGGAAGUUGCGGUGCAUUGUGGGUUCUCCUGGAGCUGUGGAGUUGAUCCUGAAUGAAAGUGGCGCGCCACUCCUGACGUUACCCGGAUUGGAGCGGCUGGAAUUCAGAUUUCGGCUGCGAUUCGGGUGUCUCGGACCCCGGUGUGCACCGGACCACGGGGAGGCGGCUCCAAAGGCGCGGCGAACGUUGGUGAGGGAGGGCAGCUCUGCACAGCCCCAAGACAUGGCUCACAACAAGAUCCCGCCGCGGUGGCUGAACUGUCCCCGGCGCGGCCAGCCGGUGGCAGGAAGAUUCUUACCUCUGAAGACAAUGUUAGGACCAAGAUAUGAUAGUCAAGUUGCUGAAGAAAAUCGGUUCCAUCCCAGCAUGCUCUCAAAUUACCUAAAGAGCCUAAAGGUUAAAAUGGGCUUGUUGGUGGACCUGACAAAUACUUCAAGGUUCUAUGACAGAAAUGACAUAGAAAAAGAAGGAAUCAAAUAUAUAAAACUUCAGUGUAAAGGACAUGGUGAGUGCCCUACCACUGAGAAUACUGAGACCUUUAUUCGUCUGUGUGAGCGGUUUAAUGAAAGAAAUCCACCUGAACUUAUAGGUGUUCAUUGUACUCAUGGCUUCAAUCGCACUGGUUUCCUCAUAUGUGCCUUUUUGGUGGAGAAAAUGGAUUGGAGUAUUGAAGCAGCAGUUGCUACUUUUGCCCAAGCCAGACCACCAGGAAUCUACAAGGGUGAUUAUUUGAAGGAACUUUUUCGUCGGUAUGGUGACAUAGAGGAAGCACCACCCCCACCUUUAUUGCCAGAUUGGUGUUUUGAGGAUGAUGAAGACGAAGAUGAGGAUGAGGAUGGAAAGAAGGAAUCAGAACCUGGGUCAAGUGCUUCUUUUGGCAAAAGGAGAAAAGAACGCUUAAAACUGGGCGCUAUUUUCUUGGAAGGUGUUACUGUUAAAGGUGUAACUCAAGUAACAACACAACCAAAGUUAGGAGAGGUACAGCAGAAGUGUCAUCAAUUCUGUGGCUGGGAAGGGUCUGGAUUCCCUGGAGCACAGCCUGUUUCCAUGGACAAGCAAAAUAUUAAACUUUUAGACCUGAAGCCAUACAAAGUAAGCUGGAAAGCAGAUGGUACUCGGUACAUGAUGUUGAUUGAUGGCACAAAUGAAGUUUUUAUGAUUGAUAGAGACAAUUCAGUAUUUCAUGUUUCAAAUCUGGAAUUUCCAUUUCGUAAAGAUCUUCGUAUGCAUUUAUCAAAUACUCUCUUGGAUGGCGAGAUGAUUAUUGACAGAGUAAAUGGACAGGCUGUUCCUAGAUAUUUGAUAUAUGACAUAAUUAAAUUCAAUUCACAGCCCGUUGGAGAUUGUGAUUUUAAUGUUCGUCUGCAGUGUAUAGAACGAGAAAUUAUAAGUCCUCGACAUGAAAAAAUGAAGACUGGGCUCAUUGACAAAACACAGGAACCAUUUAGUGUCAGAAAUAAGCCAUUUUUUGACAUCUGUACUUCAAGAAAGCUACUUGAAGGAAAUUUUGCCAAAGAAGUGAGCCAUGAAAUGGAUGGACUUAUUUUUCAGCCUACUGGAAAAUAUAAACCUGGUCGAUGUGAUGAUAUUUUGAAAUGGAAGCCUCCCAGUCUGAAUUCUGUGGAUUUUCGUCUAAAAAUAACAAGAAUGGGAGGAGAAGGGUUACUUCCUCAAAAUGUUGGCCUUCUGUAUGUUGGAGGUUAUGAAAGACCCUUUGCACAAAUCAAGGUGACAAAAGAGCUGAAACAGUAUGACAACAAAAUUAUAGAAUGCAAAUUUGAGAACAACAGCUGGGUCUUCAUGAGACAGAGAACAGACAAAAGUUUUCCUAAUGCCUACAACACUGCCAUGGCUGUGUGCAAUAGCAUCUCAAACCCUGUCACCAAGGAGAUGCUGUUUGAGUUCAUUGACAGAUGUACUGCAGCUUCUCAAGGACAGAAGCGAAAGCAUCAUCUGGACCCUGACACGGAGCUCAUGCCACCACCACCUCCCAAAAGACCACGCCCUUUAACCUAAGACCUGCCUGUGACUUCAGGGUUAAGAAGAAAGAGGAAUGAGGAAAAAAUGCUGUUGCCCAUUUUUGUAGCCAGAGAAAUUGAAAAACGACUGUGGCUUGAUGUUGAUACGUAUUUGAAUUUUUUUUUAAAAAAGAAAGGUAUUGUAGCCAGCCUGUAAAUACUUGAUGCAUUCAUUUCCUCAGUGCUGCAAUACAUCAUGGACUUAAACAUUUUAUUUAUCUGAUAAACUCAGCCUUACCUUGUGGAAUCUGAAGAUUGAAAUAUCCAAAGGUUUAAACAAGAUGGAAAUCAAUGAAAAAGAGGCCUUGUUUAUAUAUGGGUAACUUCACAUUUAAUUUAUGAGGUUAACAAUCUGGAAACUGUGAACCCAUAAAACAGUAUUUUUUAGAAGUUGUGUUACAACUGUAGCAAAUUUUCCUUUUAAAAAAUUCAGGCAAUGGCAUUAAACAUUCUUGCUAUCAUUUACCAUGGAUUUCCUACAUGUCUGAGAUCCCUGUAUUCAAAAACAAAUGACAAGGUUGUUAAGUUGUACUAUAUUAAACAACUUGGUCUGGUUUAUAUCAUUUUAACAAGUUUUUUGGAAAUGUAAAAGAAAAAAGUAAAGCUCCAUUUUUGUGAAUUGCAUUGUUUCUAAAGGAAGUAUUUUGAGUAUUUUCAUCUGUUUGUAUUGUUUCGACUAUGAUAUCAGAUAUCCAGUGUGUCCAUUCUGGCAGUGGUUUUGAGUUACUUCAUGGAACUUGGACAUACACCACCAGGUCCUUUAUGUGUUGUUCUCCUGGGAGACUUUUCUUUUCUUAAAUGCCAGGGCUACUUCUGCUUUACCUCAGUGGUAUCAGCACAUUGUAAAUUCCAUUAAAACACACAACUCACUGUGAUCUAUGGGAGUGAUAUCAAAUACAAACGAUGUUGUGUUACUUCUUUCGAACAAAACAGCAAAGGGAAUGCCAGCUAACUUCUUUGAUUAGAAGGUAAUGUCAUGGAAUAGAAUGCUGUCACUAGAAAAUGCUCUCCCACUGCUAGAUAAAUGCAGAGGCAAAGUGUAGACAUCUGUAGGAACUAAAUAUCAAGGAAAUCAAGACAUUUAUUUUCAAAGCGAGAAUUCUAUCUACAUUCUAUUCUGCGGAUGUUAUUUCUGUUAUACAUCUGAAUUUUAAAAUGUUUACUGAUAGAUAAUGGAUUUAAAGGGCAGCUAAUUGAUUGUCUGCCAUUGUUGAUAAACUGUUCUAAUUGGUUUGUGAAAGAACUCUGAGAAUUAGCUAAAUGGAGGCUAAUGUAUUUAUUUUUAGAGGUACAUGUUUUAAGUAAAUGUAUUUAAAACAAAUUUUCAUGAUCUGAAUUGUAUAUGUAUAUGCAUAUCUGUGUAAGUAUAUGCAAGUGUAUAUUCUUCUACUGAUUCAGUCAGACACGAAAUCCAACUGAAUUACCUGGUAGACUGAAUAUCUGACAGGAUUUCUAUAUGGACAUAGCACAGAGGAACCAAAAAUGUAUUUAUAUUCACCUGAGUUUUAAUGUUUUUAAACAAAGUUUUCUCCGGCAGUGCUUUUCUAUAUGAAAUAGUUGAGUCAAGCUUGGGCUUUUUUCUUCGUUGUUCCCAAGUCAUGUAAUGUAUAGUGAAUUUACCCAAAACGCCAUUGUAACGUUUUUUACUAGAGUGCUUUUGCACAUUUGGGCGCUAAAGGGAUUAAAACAACUGAUGCCACAACGACUAUUGAAGGAGGGAAAAUUCUCAAGGUUCCAUAGUAUCUUCUACAAAAUGGAUUUAAAAAAAAUGCCUAUGCAACUCCAAAUAGUCUGAUGCCUGCUUCCCCAGGACGAGUGACUCUUCCACGGUGUGCUGCUUUCCUCCGAGCCUGUGGAAAGGCAGAGCCCUUUUGCAGAUACGAAAGCAAGCUUUUGCCAAUGAUCUUUAAUGGAGUUAAAAUGUUUAUGGUAAUUGUAACCUUUCAAAUGAGUUACGUGAAAAGAGCAUCUCACUUUUAAUACACCCAGAUAUUUUCUUCAUGUCUUUGCGCAUUUUAGCAGGACUUAAUUUUCUUAAUUUAUUCUCUCCUUUCAAUUAUAGUGACAUAGAGUAGUUGGCCUUAUAAGUAGAUCCCAUUUAGCCCCUGAACAUAAUACCAUCUGCAGUAUUAUAAAAGUCAUUUAGAAGGUCUGGGGGAUAAUCUAGAGGCAGGAUUUUGGACAUUGUGAAGGAAAUGUGCUCCCUCUCAGCUCACUUCAAUAACUAUUUUCUGAGACUGAAGUUUUUUAGACAAGAAUAAGAACACUUUGCUUUCUUCAGUUAUCACGUGAAAGCUUUUGCUUUUUGUUAGGAAAAGGUGUGGAUGACUACUGCGUGGAUGGUUACAUUUGCUUUCCGUGAAAUGCUCAGAAAAUGUCAGGACAUUCCUUUUCCAAUUGCGUGUCAGUGCGUAUUGUAAUAAAACUACUGAUUUAAAUUA